UUGUUAAACAGUUCACUUACUUUGUAAAGUAGAUCGUUUUAUUAACAUUUAACAAUAAGAACAACAAAAAUGGACAAAAGAAACUAUAAUAGUUUUGAAAUCAUUUCCUUAACUAGUGAAGAUAUCCGUUGGCCUACAUCUCUUCAAGGUGAUGGAUCUGAUGCAAUGCACAUUGAUCCAGAUUAUUCAUGUGUUUAUGUGACUCUGGAAUUGAAGAAUGCCACCAAAGGAUAUGGUCUAACUUUUACAUUAGGACGUGGUACUGAAGUUGUUAAAUUAGCUGUUGAGGCAAUGAAACAUUUAGUUGUCAAUCGUAAUUGUUGGGAUAUUUUCCAAAACUUUGGAUUAUUUUGGAGGGCACUCACAAGUGAAUCUCAACUGAGAUGGAUUGGUCCUGAGAAAGGUGUUACGCACUUGGCGGUUGCUGCAAUUAUAAAUGGUUUAUGGGAUUUAUGGGCAAGACUUGAGAAGAAACCUGUCUGGCAACUAUUGGUAGAUAUGGAACCAGAGGUUCUUGUGUCAACUAUUGAUUUCCGUUAUAUCACAGAUGUCAUAACUCCCGAAGAAGCAAUUAACUUGUUAAAACAAAACGUUAGUUCCAAAACUGAACGAAUAGAUGAACUUAUAAAGAAUGGAUAUCCGGCUUAUACGACUCAAGUUGGUUGGAUGGGUUAUAGUGAUGAGAAAAUCAAACGACUAUGUAAGGAAUAUCUCGCUAAGGGAUAUACUUCUUUUAAAUUGAAAGUAGGGCGGGAUUUUGAAAGUGACAUAAGACGUUGUAAAAUUGUUCGAGAAUCUAUUGGUUGGGAUAAUCAACUUAUGAUCGAUGCUAAUCAGAUGUGGGAUGUUAAUGAAGCUAUUGAUUGGGUUAUUCGUCUUUCUGAUUACAAACCUCUUUGGAUUGAAGAACCAACUUCACCUGAUGAUGUUCUUGGACACGCAACUAUAUCAAAAGCUUUGAAGCCUCUAGGUAUUAACGUCGCAACUGGUGAGAUGUGUGCUAAUCGGAUUAUGUUCAAGCAAUUUUUGCAAUCUGGAGCCAUGCAGUAUUGUCAAAUUGAUUCGGCAAGAAUUGGUGGAAUAAAUGAGAUUGUAUCGGUCUAUUUGAUGGCGAAAAAACUUAAUGUUAAAGUUUGUCCUCAUGCUGGAGGAGUUGGGCUUUGUGAAAUGGUACAGCAUCUUCAGAUGUGGGACUUCGUAUCGCUGUCUGGUACGAAAUCAGGAAGAAUGAUUGAAUACGUCGAUCAGCAACAUGAUCAAUUUGAGAAUCCUGUGGAGAUAAAAAAUGCAUGCUAUAUGCCACCAAAGCAACCGGGUUACAGUACUGAACUUAAACAGCACGCUAUUAAUGAAUAUAAAUUCCCAAAUGGUAGCUGGUGGAUGAUGGCUAAUCAAAAUAAGUAAUAAUCUACGGUGUGUUCUUAGAGCGGGGUUAUCGUUUUUCUACAUGAUUUUUAUAAUGAAAUAAACAGCAAUAAAAAU